CCCGUAAACAAUACAAUUAUCCAUAUCGCCAUCUGGUGUUGACAAUUGGUCAGCAUUUUUGUGUGUAUGAUAACCAUGUGUCCGUUACAGAAAUCGUUUGUUGGUGCCGAAUGGAAAUUAUUGUUUCAAGGAGCCGAGUCCCGGGUUUAUGAAGGUAACUAUCAAUCGAAACAAGCUAUUCUUAAAGAACGUUUUCCCAAACGAUAUCGACUCGAUGAACUGGACAAAAAGCUGACCAAAGAAAGGAUUCGAGCUGAGAUCAAAGCCUACACUAAAUUAUCGACUAAAUCUGCAGCUGAAUUAUCGAAAGCAUUGCCAUCGAUUCUUUUCUCCGAUGAUCGUCACAUUAUUCUCACUCGGAUUGAAAAUGCUUGUACGCUCAACACGUUUAUAGCUGAAUGCGAACUUGAACAACAAUCCGAUUCAAUUCGCCAAGCAUUACUUGCAUUGGCCAAAUUGAUCGCUCAGAUUCAUUCGACCGGAUUGAUACAUGGUGACCUUACCACAUCCAAUUUUAUGGUGAUCAAACAACAACAACCACCCAUUACAAUAGUUCCAAUCGAUUUUGGCCUUUCAUAUUCAUCCAAUACGGACGAAAAUCGUGCCGUUGAUCUGUACGUGUUGGAACGAGCCGUACAAAGUACACAUCCAAAUGUCGAUAUGAACAUUUUUCUAAACGAAUAUCAAACUCAAAUGGGAACUGACAAAAUUAACAAACGUCUAGAUCAAGUUCGAAUGCGUGGACGCAAACGUUUGAUGAUAGGUUAACAUUGAUUAAAUUUAAAAAAAAUAAAAUAGAAUUUAUUAAAAUAAA